UAAAUUGAUUAGCUCGUUACGCAACGAAAUAUCAAGAAUUCAAGCCAUACUAUGGACAACAACUGUUAAUUGUCAAUUUUAUUUGUCGCUUGUCAUCAUUUUGACGUUAACGAGGGGUACCAUUUUGAUAUUUCCUCUCCGAGUGGUGUGUUUGGCGAAUUUUCUGUUAGGAUUCGUUUUUUGAGAACGUUAUGUGAAAAAUGGCUAGUGGUAUUCCGAAUGAUGUGUGGAAAAAUUGGGAGAAAAGCGGCAAACAGGAAUUCACUAAACUUUGCACCAAACUGCUGAAGGAUGAAUCAAGUAGCCCACUUUUUGAUAAGGAUAACUCAUCCACAGAGUUUGUAAAAUAUAUUUAUGAACUCAUAGAUAAAGCAAUUAAAGGAGUUAUCAAGAAGGAGUCUGUUAUUUCUGUAAUCCAAGAGUUGGUGGCAACUCACCCAGAUGUUCCAACAAUAAUAUUAGAUAUAUUGAAUGUAUUUGAUGCUAUCAGUUGUCAACCUGAUAAUGGUGAAAAUAAAGAAAGAUCUACAUAUUGUGCUAUUGUUAAGGAAUGUGAAACGUGUUUGUCUGACAAACUUUUGAAGGAGCGCCUGGACAUAGACACAUUGCAAGAAGUAGGAGUACUUAAAAACAAUAUAUUUUCCUCCAAGUUCAUCAGAGUUAAAACAAAAUUAUACUAUAAACAACGUAAAUUCAACUUGUUUAGGGAAGAAUGCGAAGGUUUUGCCAAACUGGUGACCGAGCUUAAUAAAGAAUUUAAUGAAAAUACUGAUCCCAAUGAGCUGAUUGGCAUAGUACAGUCAUUAAUAGGUUGCUUCAAUUUAGACCCAAAUAGAGUGCUAGAUGUGAUUCUGGAAAGUUUUGAGAACAAACCAAAAGAUGCUCGAAUAUUUAUCUCUCUGAUAAACUCGUACAUGAAUGAUCCCAUUAUAAUAAGUGAAGUUCUCAGUACCAAAUUCUCCUUUUUGAAAAAUAGUGGACAAGAAGUACCUCAAUCCUUGUACAUCCUGACAGCUCUGCUUCUGCAGAAUAGGGUCAUUCAGUUGGAUGACAUAUACCAUUGGCUGACUCCGGACGACAAAUCAAUGAUAAAAGACUGUGAGAAAGACAUGAAGGAGGCAAAGCACUAUGUUCAUAAACUGCAAGUGAUCAGCCUCAACAGUAAAGAUAAAGAAGAAAUGCCAGACGAGAGUGAAAGCUUCAACGACAAGUACAUUGGAAACCAGAAACUAGGCCUGUGCGAAGCCCUGUUGCUGAUUGGUGAUUGGGAAGAUGCUCAGGUCCUAAUGAAAAGGCUGCCUGAUCGGUAUGCAGUGGGGUAUGAACCUAUUGCAAAGGCUUUUAGUGGCCUGUUGCAUCAUAUCAUUGAGCCUGUUUAUAAAAAGUAUGGUCUCAUCAGCCAGAAGAUCCCCCGCAAGCCACUACCUCCAUACGAAAGCAAUAGCGCUCCGAAGCAGGCCGAAACCUCCCUAGAACUGCGUGACACAGCUAUUCCUAUGUUGCACCACCUUGGCGCUUCCUUACGUUUCGACCCCGUCCUGUUGUGCAAGGUGCUCCGCCUCGCAAAGGCGGAACUUGCCUCGCACGGCAUCGACAGUGCAAAAUGCACCGCCCCCGAAGUGGAUUCUCUCUACUACGAUAUCUUAUCGUUGUUGGAUUUGGCAGUAUUGCCGGCUCUCUCAUAUCUCGAUUGUAACUGUUGUAUUGCUGAGGAGAUAUGGACGCUGCUCAGGUUGUAUCCGUACACUAUUAGGUAUUGUUUAUAUGCAAGAUGGAAAAACGAAACUUACACAACUUGUCCCGAAUUAUUACGAAAAAGGGCCGAUUCUGAAAAACAAAUCAAGAAUAUAAUGAAAAGAGUUAGUAAAGAGAAUGUCAAACCUGUUGGAAGACUGAUAGGAAAAUUGACACAUUGUUCUCCAGGAUUUCUAUUUGACUACAUCCUGCUGCAAAUCCAAGUAUAUAAUAAUCUCAUCAAUCCUGUAGUAGACUCGUUGAAGUACUUAACGAAUCUGUCGUAUGACGUUUUGGGUUUUUGUCUGAUUGAGAGUCUAUCCAGUGCAGAGAAGAAAAGAGUAAAGCACGAUAGUACCUCCAUAUCGACGUGGUUGCAGAGUUUAGCAAGUUUUUGUGGGGCCGUUUACAAGAAAUACUCAAUAGAGUUGACUGGACUGUUGCAGUUUGUUGCUAAUCAACUUAAGGCUCAAAAGAGCUUGGAUUUGUUGAUCUUGAAAGAAGUAGUCCAAAAGAUGGCUGGGGUAGAAGCAGCAGAAGAUCUCACUAUUGACCAACUAAAUGCCAUGGCAGGUGGAGAAUUACUCAAGGCAGAGGCUGGCUAUUUUAGUCAAGUGCGCAACACGAAGAAAUCCUCACUGCGUCUAAAAGAAGCGAUGUCCGAAAACGACCUUGCCGUAGCCCUGUGCCUGCUAAUGGCCCAACAGAACUACUGCGUGGUGUACAAGGAGACACAAAAGAGCCAUCUGAAGCUAGUGGGCAAGCUUUCCGACCAGUGCCAGGACACACUGGUGCAAUUCGGGACUUUUCUAGGCUCCACUUUGUCAGUGGAUGAGUACGUCAACAAGUUGCCGUCGAUCCAGAGCAUGCUUACUGAUUAUCACAUACCUAUGGAGGUGGCCUUCUUUCUGGCGAGGCCAAUGUUCAACCAUGCUAUCAAUCAAAAAUACGAACAACUGAGAAAGCAAGAUCCUAGCUACAAGAAAAUGCCGGCGGUCGUGAAAAAUCAGAAAUUUUAUGAAGCUGUAACCGAAAUAAUGGAACCAGUGCAUCAGUCCCUAGUUCCACUUCAUCCAACUAAAGUAUGGGAGGAUAUAUCUCCACAGUUCAUGGCCACAUUUUGGUCAUUAACCAUGUAUGAUCUCUAUGUUCCUGAAGAAACUUACCAACAGGUGAUAAAUAAGGCGAAACAGCAAUCUCUAUCACUGGCGGACAGCGGCAAAGGCAAGAAGGAACAAGAACGUUACGUGACCCUGUUCGAAAAACUUCAAGAUGAGAAGAAGAAGCAAACGGAACACGUCGACAAGGUGAUGCAUCGGCUAAAACAGGAAAAGGGCAGUUGGUUUCUGUUCAGACACGCUAAAUGCGCUAAGAAUGAAGCGAUCACUAGCUUCCUGCAACUGUGCAUCUUCCCUAGGUGCACAUUCACCCAAAUUGAUGCUCUUUACUGCGCAAAGUUUAUUCAUACUAUUCAUCUGUUGAAGACGGCGAAUUUCUCCACCUUGCUGUUCUAUGAUAGAUUGUUCUGUAACACCACCUACUCGAUAACGUCAUGCACUGAGAACGAGGCGAUGCGAUUUGGGCGGUUCCUGUAUGCCACAUUGGAAACUGUGAUGCGAUGGCACAAGUCCAAGGACAUCUUCGAUAAAGAGUGCGCCAACUAUCCCGGCUUCGUCACUAAGUACCGCAAGAACAACCAGCAUGCUGACAACUUGGAUAAUGUCGACUAUGAGAACUACCGGCAUGUCUGUCACAAGUGGCAUUACAAGCUAGCUAAAGCGAUGGUGACCUGCCUGGAAUCCAAAGACUACGUGCAGAUCCGAAAUGCACUAAUCAUCUUAAUCAAGAUUAUUCCUCACUUCCCACCGUUGAUGAAACUCGGCCAGUUCAUUGAAAAACGAAUAGAAAAGGUGCGAGACGAUGAAAGGAACAAUAGACAGGAUCUGUUCACAUUGUCCGGCAGCUAUUUGGGGCUGUUGAAACAGAAAAUGGUCAGCGGGCAGAUGAGGAGGGAGAGCGAAUUCCACAUUCCGCAAGAAAAGGAGAAGAACUCAAAAUCCCACGAAGCGAAAAACGACCAAAAUCCAAAACACAAUGGUGAAGUUAAAGAUGACUCUGGAAAAGAAAAAUCUGAGAGAAAAGUUCCAAAACCCGCAGCUGAGGAGCCGUCAAAAGUUAGAAUUCCGAUUGUUAUGGUCGAUGCCAAGGAUAAUGGAAGUAUCAAAGAAAAACCUGAAAAAUCUUAUAAGGAAGAGUCUAAAGAGAAAUACAGAAUUGAGAAACGAGAGGAUGGCGAAAAGGAACGAGAUAGAGAAAAGAGAAGAGAUCGUAAAGAAGAAAGGCAAAGUAAUAAUAGGGAAGAAAAACACGAAAGGCAGUACAGUAAGACGCAAGAUGAGAGAUACAUCGAGGUGUUGAACGCAAAAGAAGAAAUGAGGUACUCAGGGGAAAGAACAGGGCACAGAUACUCCGAGGAAAGAGGCAUUCAUUACAGAGAGGACAGCAAGAACAUAAUGGAAGAGAGUGUCCCGUUGUCAAGGCACAGUCAGGAGCCCGAUCCUGAUAGAGAUAUAAAAAGGAGAAAAAUCGACGGUUCAUCGAAGGUUAGUAUCGAAGUGACGUAAACACCGAUGCUGAUUUCAGAGCGUUCCACAUCCACGUAUUAUUCUGUGUGUUCCGUGUCAAAGAGAGUGAGGGGAGAUUGGGCUGAAAAUCAUUCGUUUGUUUCGAUCAGAAAAUUCAAAGUAAAAAUCGCGAGUGUAACUAUGUCAUCACCGUCGACGUGCCGAAAUCCAUUUCGAGAUACUUCAGGAUCUGUCGAGACCAUUGAUGAGAAUUUUGAAGAAUAAAAGAUUAUUUUUUCCUUUUGAGAGGUUAAGAAGGAACAUUCGAUGUCAAGAAGUCCCACCAAAGAUGUUAUCCAAUAGAGUGUUGAGAAAUGACCAAUUGCAACGAUGUCACCAAACACACAUUUAUAUGAGCUAUAAUGGUGUACGAAAAACAAAAGUGCCAGAGAAAAGUACAAGCAAGCAACCUAUGAUUUCGCAUCCUAGAAAUAGAAUUUAACUAAAGAGAAUUAAAAGUAGACUUAAUUUCAAGUUAAAAAUCCAAAAAUAUUGUCAGAGAAAGUGAUUUAACGAGAGAAGUGAAACUAAAAACUGAGGAGAAGAUACAGAGGAAGGAGCUAUAAAAAAACUGAAAUUGAUAACCAGACCAGUGAAACAAGAAUGGCAGGAAUUACAUCAUAACCAAAAGUUGAGGAAUCCUUGAGGGAAAGAAAUAAGUACAAACUGUUGUCAAGAUGAAAAUGCAGCGAGUCUGAAGAUUGACUAGAAUUGAGUUUGAUCCGUAUUGAUGCACGACGGAAGAUUCCAUGAAAAUAGUGAUGGACAAUAUGCGUGUUUUCGUAGAUAUUUGCUUGAACAGACGAGAGUUUUCAACUUAAACGAUCAGCCCAAUCUUCCGUGUUUGACUGAUGCUAGCAGCUGUCAGAAUUCCAAGCACCUGCAUCAGGAAGAUGGGAGUGGUCGCAGCAGCACUAAACAGCAGCAGGUCCCAACUGCGGAGUAUUACACCGAAAAAUUGGAGAAGAAGGAACGCACGCCCAAGCCGAGCAAGGACAAGCGGGAGAAGUUGACGGAGGAAGAGAAGGAAAUGAGGAGGGAAAGGAAGUUGGGGAGGAAAAGGGACAGAGCAGAAGAGAUUCUUCAACAAGAACUAAAAAGAAGAAGGGAUGAUGAAAAAGUGCAAAAAAUGUUGGCCCCAAAUGGAGAGUUGAUGGAACCCCCAGUGCACAGAGAAAAACAUCAUAGAUCGUCAAAGGAAAUUUCGCCCUAUCAAAGAGAACGAUCACAUGAGAGGUCCGAAUCAAGAGAGAAACAAUAUCCUUUUUUGUUAUACGAAAUUUGAUUUUGUUAAACAUUCUUAUUUGAGCUACAUAUAAAGCAGUUACAAUAGGCUUGUUUAAAUGAAUUACGAAAAGCCGCUCUGGUUUCCAGUUCUCAAAUGCUGACGAAAUCUUUGAAAGUUAUCAGGCAAGGAAGUCGAUAAAUAUACCUCUGUCGCAAUUUUGUUAAAGUUUGCUGUUCCACACUACGAACGAAUAAUAUAAUACUAAUAGCUUGUAGUAACUACUUGAUGAUAAUAUGCUUCAUCAUCACAAUUCACACACGUCAGAUGAUGAAUCGUUUCAGUAUUCUACUGACCUUAGUUGUAGUGGGACGUUAAAAUGAAUUGUACAUUAACAUUGCCAUUUUGUCUCCUCUUCAAGAUGGCACAAUUAGAAUUUCAAUAUGAUGUUUUGUCUCUUGUCCUCCAGCAUAAACAUUGUUUCUUAAGGACGCCAUGUUGGAUUUGCGUAGGUGAAUAGUUUUUGAUUCUGAUUCUAAAAAUGUGUGUCAUACCAAUACAUUGACAUUGACAAACCUCAGUUGUUCCAUAAAAACAGAAUUAUCUAGAUAGGCCUUGAAAUUAACAUAGUCAUUUGUCUCGUAUACCAGACCAGACCUCAAAUUGAACAUAGAAACAGAGUUUGGAAGACUAAGAAGAAGGGAAAUAUAGCCAAGAGUGAACAAUGUACUGAGUCAAGUUUUGCCUACAAAAUAAUGGUCAUCAGCUAUGAUUUAUCUUUGCUUAUUUACGAUUAUUAUUAAUAGCAUCACAAAAAAAACAUUUUGUGUUCAGGUUUCACCAUACCGUUUUAUUUCCUUAUAAUUUUCGUUCCAACAACAAAUUAAUGGCCAAUAAAGGAAAUAAAUCACUGAAUUUAGGACUGAAGAGUCCAUUUAAAUAUAUAAAAUUCCAAUAUAUCGCCCAUAUGUAAAAACAAAGUUGGUGAUGGAAGUCGAAACAAUAAACCUCGAAUUGAAAAGUUGAUUACGUCAUCUUGUAGAGCAGAAUAAGUAGCAAUAACAACAUGUAAUCUAUUUUGAAAUAUCAUCUCAAAUAAAGUCAGGAACAAAUUAAAAUGAUUUUGUGAUGAGUCUGGUAUGCGAAACAAAUGACUGUCUGAUAAUUUCAAGGCCUAUAUAGGAAGUUCUGUUUUUGUUUAAUAACUAAGGUUUGGCAAUGUCAAUGUAUGACGUAUUACAAAUUUUUGGAAUCAGAAUUAAAAACUAUAUUCACCUGUACAAAAAUCCAAUCCAACUACAAAUAAAGUUAGAAAAAUUAAAGCGAUUUUGGUAAAAUUCAGUUUUUUUGUUUGUCUUCAGUACUUCAAAUUUCGAAACUUUUCAAGUGUCAUUUUGUUAGUUACCAAAAUACCCAAUUUUAGCGUUUCAGUGAUCCCAAUGGCGAGGGUCGAAUUUGAAACACCCGGUAUAGAGUAGAUAAUCAGUAUGUACAUGCUAUAACUUUCGAGUAAAGCAAGAAAGUUAUCACUAUUAAUUUCUUAUAUAAAAUGAUGGAACGGUACUGGCAAGGAAACCCCGGAUUUCCAAUUUCAACGGAUGAAAUAACCAUUUCAAAAUUAAACCUCUCUCUAUCUCAGUAAUUAGCGACAUUCUAUAAAGGCAUGUUUAGUUAAAAUUAUUAUUUUUCUGAAUGUAUGUUUCAAGAAUCGGUAAGUUACUAUUUCAUUUUUGAAACAAGUGUGAGCGUCUUGAUAAAGCUAUUCAUUAUUUCACAUGUUUGGUACUAUUUUUAUAUAUAUUUUCCUUAACAAAGCUUACCAGGAGGAGUUCGGAAAACAAAAGAAGAUAGCUGAAGGGGCAUCGUCACACGUGUCGUAAUUUCAUCUCUUAGAACUUGUGUAAUCAAUUUUUGAAGGUUCGAUGUGUAUAUUUUAUAUUAAAAAUAGACUUAGUUUCGAUCAUGUUCUACUUUUUUCUACAAUAUGUUGAGAAUGUACAAAAUAAAGAUAAAACGCCAUUGAA